AUGAGAAGUAUGCUGAUGAGUAUUUUAAGCAGUGUGAUGUUUCUAUUAAGCAACAAUACCUUUGUGAUUGGUAGAGUAAGAUGUGAAGAUACUAUAAGUAGGGAAGAGGUCUCUGUUUUAAUUGAAGAAUCUAAUUCAUUAUUUAAAAACUUUCAAGUUUGUUUUUUAAAAGAAGUUUUAGAAAACAUAAAGAAGAAUAAUGAAAAGUUUUUUGCUAAGAAAAAAGGUUUAAAAGAUUGUCUUGCUAAGUUAAAUAAGAUUAAAUUUAAUGAUGAAAAUUAUAAAGAAAAAAUAGUUGAUUUUUUAACAAUUUACUUAAAGUAG